AUGAAUAUCGAUACAGAUGAUAUGGAAGGACAGUCCAACAAUCAAAGUAAUAAAUACCAAGAAGCUACAAUUGACGGUGCGGUAAAAAUAAAGCAGAUUCAUUCCAGCAUUCCUAAUGAAGAGAUACCAAAUGUUAGUAUGGAAUUUGAAACUGAAGAGCAAGCUUACAAUUUUUAUAAUGUUUAUGCUUAUAAAGUUGGAUUUAGCAUACGAAGAAGCAAAGGGCAUAAGGAUAAUAAAGAUGGAAAAGUGAAAGAUAGAACUUUUUGUUGCUCAUGUGAAGGCUUUCGCAAAAAAGAUAAACGAUAUGAUAAUGUGAAAUGUCAUCGUGCUGAAACAAGGUUUGAUUGUUUGGCAAGGAUGAAGAUAAAAUUUCAUCAAUUUGGAAAUUAUCAAGUUGUUGAAUUCUAUGCGGAGCAUACACAUAUGACUUCAAGCCCUAGUAAGAGCCACUUACAUAGGUCACAAAGAAGAAUAACCCCUGCUCAAGCAUCUGAAAUUGAAUUGGCUGAGAUUUCAGGAAUUGCUCCUAAAGCUAGUAUGGAACUAAUGAUUAGGCGAGCUGGUGGACAUGCAAAUCUUGGAUUUCUUUUGGAUGAUUGUCGGAAUUAUAUACGCACCAAAAGAACAAUUCAAAUGCGUGUAGGAUAUACAGGUGGUGUUCUUGAAUAUCUUCAACAAAUGAAGUCAAAAGAUCCUAGUUUUUUUUAUGCUUUGCAAGUGGACAAAGAUGAUUUGUUAACAAAUAUUUUUUGGGCAGAUGCACGCAUGAUGGCAUCAUAUCAUAACUUUGGUGAUGUUGUUUGCUUUGACACAACCUACCGAAAAAAUCAUGAUUGUCGACCUUUUUCUAUGUUCGUUGGGGUAAAUCAUAAUAAACAAACCACUAUAUUCGGGGUUGCAUUGUUAUAUGAUGAAACUACUGCAACCUUUAUGUGGUUAUUUGAUACUUUUGUAGCAGCAAUGUCAGGGAAAAAACCAAAAACUAUUCUUACUGAUCAAGAUGCAGCAAUGGCAAAGGCAUUAAGAUCUCAAUGGCCAGAGACUUAUCAUCACUUAUGCAUUUGGCAUAUGUAUCAAAAUGCAGCAAAACACCUGAGUAGUGUUUUUGAAAGAUUUCGUGAAUUUGCUACAGAUUUUAGAAAUUGCAUAUAUGAAUAUGAUGAAGAAUGUGAAUUCAUUGAGGCUUGGGGGAACAUGCUUGGGAAAUAUAAUCUUGAAAAUAAUGAUUGGUUGGCAAAACAAUUCGAGUUGAAGGAGAAGUGGGCACUUGUAUAUGGAAGAGAGACUUUUUGUGCAAAUAUGACUACUACUCAACGAAGUGAAAGCAUAAAUAAUGUACUUAAAAAGUUUGUUAGCUAUCAACACACUUUGUUGCGUUUUUUCAAACAUUUUGAGAGGUUGAUCGAUGAUCGUCGUUAUGAAGAGUUAAAAGCAGACUUUAGAGUAAGCCAACGCAAUUUAGCACCAUCUCUCUCAAUUGAAAUUUUGAAUCAUGAAACAUAUGUGUAUACCCCUCCAGUAUUGAGAAUGUUUGAGGUUGCGUUUUCAAAGGCUUAUAACUAUGCUAUGGGACUUUGUAAUGAGCUAGGAGCAGUGGCAGAGUAUAAACUUACUCCUAAUGGUAAGUAUUUUCACCACACAGUUAAAUAUGACUCAUCAAUUAAUGUAGCGAUAUGUAGUUGCAAGAAGUUUGAGUUUGCAAGAAUAUUGUGCUCACAUAUUCUUAAAGUAUUUUCCUUUCGUAAUGUUGUGAAAAUACCUUCUCAAUACAUUUUAAAGAGGUGGACAAAGCAUGCGAAGAUGGGAGCUACAGGUAGUACAUCUGAGAUUAAACAGGGAGAUGAUCCUAAAGCAUGUUUGGCAAUGCGUUAUCAAGAUUUGUCCAGAUCUUACACUCAUAUUGUAACAAGAGCAUCAACAACUGAAAAAGCCUAUAAAGUUGCUAGAGAUGGCUUUAAAAGACUUUGGAUGAUGUUGAUGCAUGUUUGA